UGGUCCCUAAUGAUUUAGCAAAACCUCAGUCUGGGGCAGAGGGAAGGAGUUCCUGAGUGGUUCAGAGCGCAAAGAAAGUAUUUCUUGCCUUCACCCUCAGAUUUGAUUGCCCGCUUCUGGAGAGCGGGGUCUCCUGAGACUUCUGCCUCUAUCUACCCUGUUUCCUUUGUCUUUAGUCUUUGCUGCUUCUUGUUUCCUUUGCAUCCUGUUCCUCCCACCUCAUGCCACCCCCAUAUAGGCCUUUAGGAACAAUGGGAUCUGGGCCUGGUGCAGGAAAGAUGAGCUUUCCUACCCACUCUUGUCAAGUCCAGUUGUAGUGUAGGCUUCUCCAGACGUGCCGCUUGGGAACCCACUACAUGGUGUUCCGUUAAAAAGUGCAAAAAUGAUUCUGUGCAUGCAGCAAAUACUGCCAGUAGCCUCAGUUUUCAAUCAGUUCAUAGAAGCUAUUUUAGCUUUGUGUCUCAUGGGCUACAGCUUUUAUCUACCAAGAAAGAAAAGGGGGUGGGGGGCUAGAUGCUCUCCACCCCCAGCAAAAUGCUUUCUAUCUGUGUUUAACCUUUACUGUAUCUUAAUACAAAAUCAAUAGAAGAUGCGAUCUUGCCUUGCCCUGCUCUUGAGAGGUAGAACAUCCACAGUAAAAUCCUCAAGAUAUGUAGUCCCAAAUCAAGUGACCCCAGAAGUUUUAAAGAGGAAAAACAUUUUUGGAAACAAAGCUCUCUUUGGGAUUAACAAGGGCAGGGCAUUGGGUGCCAGUUCUUUGCUGCCCUCAGGCCUUUCAUCAGUAAGUAGGGUUUCCAGGACCAGCCCAUUCCUACACCCCCAGUGGCGACAGACAGCACAAGUUUGCAAGAUGGCUGACUUGGCCUUGGAAAGAGAAGUGAAUUGGUUUUUUGCAGAGGACUUUGGACUCUCUGUAUCUCUGGGCCCAUAACUAUUGAGUAAAUAGAUGUGAGAUUAAUAGCAUUUGGACCUGGAAUUGGCAAUCAAAACUUGUUUUAGUAAACUCUAGGCUAACACAUAGUUUCUUGAUACACAAGUAAGAUCUGUUGGGUUUUUUGUUGUUGUUUUGUUGGUUUUUUUUUAAUUCUGAUGGAAUAGAAUAUUGAAGCUUAGUUUGAAACUAACUUGCUAUAAAAUGUAUAACAAAUGUUGACAAAAUUCAUGUUUUACUUAAAAAUUAUAGUCAGUAUUAGUUGAUCUCAUUGAGGAAAAACAAUCAUCUCUCUAUGUAGAUGUCAAUUCCCAGGACGGUCUUGGUUUUAUUCCAAGACCAUCUGAAUUUUGGUCACCUGAAGAGGUUUUUAGAAAUUCAGAUUUAAGGAAGUGUGACUACAGGAAUCUAUUGUCAAAAAUCCCCAGACAAGAUGAAGAUGUUCUUCAUCUUUCAUGGAGAGUUGUAGAAAGACAAAGCAGACCGUAGGUUUCCAUGCUUGGUUAUCCACCAGCGGCGUGACCCUGAGCAAGUCCCACAUCCUUCCUGAGCCCAUUGUGCCUCUGUGAAGGUCUUCUGGCUCCCACAUCUCACAAGUGUCUUGACUUUGCAUUUGGCAGGGAGACCAUGAAUGGUGAAACUUCCUGUGACACUGCAGUCCUCCGUGCCUGCGCAGAAGUAGUCAGCAGGAGGAGAGACGCAGGGAUGGGUUCAGCUUGCAAACCUAAAUUUGGGUGGAGGAAGGAAGGGCGAUUUGAUACUAGAACCCGUAUUUAUCAACUUUCUCGGAAGUGGUUGAAACGCCCCUGUUAAAUGGCGUCGUUCCUAGGUUAAUACGUUUUUUCGAUAAAGAAUGAGCAUCAUUUCUCUCUUACCCAUUUUCAGUAUUCUGGGAAACUCUGUUCUCCACACAUACCUGUACCUAUCACCCACUUCUUCCUGCUGUUCCCUUCACCUAAACCCCAGCCCACUUGUGUCCAUGCCAGCUCUCACCUCCAUGGUGGGCAUGGUCCUCAAGGUGCCAGACCCCUUCCAUGGGCUCCAUCAGUCUCUGCUCAUCAUUGCCUGUGCACAGGUAUCUACAGUUCUCCCCUCCAGGGGGUCUGUAUGACAGUUGAUCUUUGUAUCCACACUUUUAGACAUUUUAAAGAACUUGGAAAUAGUAAGCUAAUGAUCACAACUGUAGUUCUAGGUUUCCUGAGCAUUCUGUAAUUCUCAAAGUCUAGAACCUGGCUUUCUCAGCAGCAUGAGGCUUGCCUGAAUCUCUCAUGACAGCCACUGUGUGCACGUCAUUGGGUGUCUCGGGCUGGGGCUGCGCUGGCACACCCAGGCCAGGACGCACUCUGCCACUGUCAUUAACAUGACCUCAUGUCCCUGUGACUGACUCACUUUGCCUCCAAGUCACCCACCUGUGGGAUAUUUCUGUAUUAGUGAACUAAGUGGCAAAUACUUUUGCCCCUAUUACACAUUGAAAACAGAGUUAGGGGCCUCCUUGGUGGCGCAGAUGGUUGAGCACAGCACUGUGAAUCUGUCCGAAGUCUCUGCAGCAAUGGUUUGAUCCCUGCCAGCUACCGAACAAUCCAUAUGGUGGGGCAGACCUCUCCUGUCUUACCCGCUGCUUCCUUCAGCAGUGUAUUUCAGUCAGUCUGCCUGUUCUGUUCCCCACUCUGUCUCUGGUGAAUCCUCUGACCCUCCCACACAUCUGGCCUGUACCCUAGUUCUUGUAUAAAUCUUUUAAAAAAAAAAGAAAACAGUUAUAUCUCAAAGACCUGAUGGGCCAAAGAUGUGUGCCUUGUCCAGAGAAUAUACAGUCUGACUUUUGUGGUGCACUCAAAUGAAGUAGAUCCAUUUUAUCUAAAUUAGUUAUAGAUGUAAUUUGAUAUUGGUAUCUCAUGUCAUUUUCAUUUUCGUAUCCAGCCUAUCUCUGUUCUUUAAUUGAAUCAUCCCACCUAAAACUUGAAUCUAUUAUGAGCAGAACAUGAGGGAGAAGUUUGUAACUCUUGGAGAGCCACCAAGCCAGCACUGCAGUUGACUUUGCAUCUGAGUGGGGCGGCGGGUGUGUCCGUCAGAGCCCUGCAGUGUACUGCCCUUCACGGUCCAUCCUCACACUGCGUCCUGGCCUUCUCCCAAUCCAGGAUCACUCUUCUGCCAGAAACAGUUGCUGGUUGACUCAGGGAAGGUAGCAAGGGCCACAGCCAUGCUUGGCAGAGCCUGUUCUGCAUUUCAAGGUAACCCACCAAGAUCCAGUUCAUCAGGAGAACUUGAGUGGGCAGGCACCCUGUUAUUACAGCCUGGAAGACAUGAGUUUCCAUUUAGCUUUCAACUGCCAUCCGAGCCUUUGGUGACCUCCUUCACUGGGAAGUAUGGAAGUAUUCAGUACUGUGUGAGGGCGGUUUUGGAACGGCCCAAGGCUCCUGACCAGAGCGUCAGGCGAGAGCUGCAGGUGAUUAGCCACAUCGAUGUCAACACCCCAGCGUUACUAACCCCUGUAUUGAAAACCCAAGAGAAAAUGGUCGGCUGCUGGUGUUUCACUUCUGGGCCUGUCUCGCUGAGUGCCAAAAUCGAACGAAAAGGGUACUGUAAUGGAGAAGCUAUUCCAAUCUACGCGGAAAUAGAGAACUGUUCGUCUCGGCUGAUUGUUCCCAAAGCUGCUAUUUUCCAAACCCAGACAUACCUGGCUAGUGGGAGGACAAAGACCGUCCGGCACAUGGUGGCCAAUGUGCGGGGAAGCCAUAUCGCCUCCGGGAGCACCGACACGUGGAAUGGGAAGACCCUGAAGAUCCCUCCUGUCACCCCAUCCAUCCUGGAUUGCUGCAUCAUCAGGGUCGAUUAUUCCUUAGCUGUGUACAUUCACAUUCCUGGUGCUAAAAAGUUGAUGCUUGAGCUGCCCUUAGUGAUUGGCACAAUUCCAUACAAUGGUUUUGGCAGCAGAAACUCCAGCAUUGCCAGCCAGUUCCUCAUGGACAUGAGCUGGUUGACUCUGACUCUGCCAGAACAGCCUGAAGCUCCCCCAAAUUACGCCGACGUGGUGUCGGAGGAGGAGUUCGCCCGGCACGUCCCUCCAUUUCCGCUGCCAGUGGACUGUGAGGAGGAAGCCUGCUGUCCGGUGUUCGCCUGCAUCCAGGAGUUCAGGUUUCAGCCCCCGCCGCUCUAUUCAGAGGUCGAUCCACAUCCUAGUGACAUAGAAGAGGCCCAGCCUGUUUCCUUCAUUCUCUGAACAUAUUUCAGAAAUCACUGUGUGCAUCAGAUGUGAUUGUAGGUCCUGUCUCCUUGCCUUGUCUGGGGGAAGGAGAACUCAAUAUAAACGAACAUCAAAACUGAAGGUGUUAGAAAUGAAGGACUAUGUGAACUUUCCAGAGGGCAGACGGGAUCGUGCUGCAAGUCCAUGUCAUGUCAUGGUCGUGUGUCCCUUUAAGGGGAUGAAGAUGUGGAAGGUCAGAUUGUGCUGGAAGUCCUGGUGGUGAUGGAGUAAGUGAGGGGUGCCUGCCCCUUCCUUUCCAAGGGAAAGGACUCGGGGGGGGGGCUGGAAAACACUAUGUGAGUAUCUUUAAAAAGGUUUCUCAAGAUGGAACUGGAGUGUCCUAAGUGCUGAGGCAGCAUGGACUCUGCAGGAUGAGACUCGAUGGAGAAUGUAGUGGCGGGUUCUGCAUGAAUAGGAGGUGGCCUGUUGUAAAGAUCACAAGACCCUCGGCUCUCGGGGUCUCCAUGGUUUCUUACCAUAUUCCGUAGGACAGAUGCUUUCUUGAGAUCAUGGUCUCAUUAAGUCUUAAUGAAGAAAUACAGUUUUCACCCUUUCCAUGGUAGUUUAGUUUGUGAACUGGCUGUACAGUAUUAUGAAGAGUUCCUUGAGAGGCUUGAUAGUUCAAGGGGAAAAGAUGACUUUCAAUAUGAAAAUACCUUUUUGUUGAAGACUUUAUCUUUUAUCCUUUUAAGUGCUUUAACAUGAUGCAUGCUUGGUUUGCCUCGUGUCUGACCUACCUAGAAGCACAUUAGAAAAAGAACUGGGGGGGAGGGUUGCAUCCACAGGACGCCUUGGUAACGGCACAGGGGACUCCUGCCUCAAGUGGGGUUAUCUGAUCCAUGUUCAGACUGUUGGUCUGCUCAGUUCUCACUGGAGUUUCUGCUAAUUUGUGGUCUCAUCUCACGUAUCACUAAGUCUGCAGCUGGAGCAAGGGAGCAAUCCAUAACGUUAGCAUUAGAUAGAACUUACUAUAUGUAUACCAAAGGGUAUUUCAAAGCAAAUGCAAAAUCAAAAGAGAGUAGAAAUGCCAUUUUUAUAAUUAACCCAGUUUCUGUCAAGGGACUAAAGUCUAAUGGCGGUCACUGUGUUAGUCCACCCCUUCAGUAAUUCUACUUUAACUGUGAUUGUGUUUAUUGUCUCGGUGCAAUAUUUUAUUAUCAUUUAACCUCAGGAUAUUCAGACCAACAGGAUUGUUGCUGCUAAAAGUCUGAGCAGUGUUUUUGCUGUCCCGUCUCCUCUUCACGGUCACACCUCCCCUUGUUUUCUCUCUAAUCUAUUGGUUUUGUGAGCUGAGAGCGUUUCUGGACACUCAGUGGGAGGUUGGGAUUCCCACCAGGGAUUUUGGAGCAGCUGAGUAGUUUUCUCCUUGUUGUAAGGGUUUGAUCCAGAAACCCUGGUGCUUCCCUUGCAGAAUACUGUACCUUAGUCAUCAGAAUGAUGCGUUUUUCUUUCAAUCAGUCUAUUCAGCUGGGAGUUGAAAAGUUAGUUCUUCUAAGGUUAGAUUUUUGAUUUGAAAAUUCGCUGGCCAUCUGAUCAGGGAUUUUUCUACAGAUAAAAGGUAAAUGCAUGGUUUUCAGCCUUCCGGACAUACCUCUCUCCUCCAUAAUCAUGUGAGCGCCAUAAGCAUCUCCUUCAGUGUAAAAUAAUGUGAAUUGUAAAAUCACAAGUCUUUCCUUCCUUAUAAGCCACUGUUUAAAAUCACAUUGCAAAACCAUACACCAAUAAUUAAGCUACUGAAACUGUCACAAAGCUUUACGCCCUGCUUUGGUUUUUUUGUGGCUUUUUGUUUUGCUUUAUUUGUGUGUGUGUGUGUGUGUGUGUCUUAAACAGGUAUGUGCAUUAAGUGCUGUCUAAACAGAUUUGGUUUUGCUUCAAAAAAGAUCAUCUUCAACUGUUUCUUGACUUCUGAGUUAGAGUUUAAACCACCUGUCCAUCUUUCUGAUACCAAAACAAAGUGAAAGAAGCAAAACAAAGCAAUAUGGAGGAGGAGAAAGACAAAUGACAGGCCUCCUGGUGGAAGAGCAGCUGCUUCAUGGAGUCCUCCACUAGGAAUGGUUUUCACCAUUUUCACCAAUGGUUUUGCUGGAGAGGUCAUGAUGUGCCCCCACAAACUUGAAGCAAAGCUGAUUUGGGAGCACUUGAGAGAAUAGCUAAGGUGUGCUGUGCCUUACUGAAUUGAUGUCGGUAUAUCUGACGUUAAGCAGGGGGGUGAAACUGCAUAUCUUCGUCAUCAAAUUAUUUUAUAAAUGCAGGAAAUUCUACAUUGGAGCAGAGAACACCUGAGAAUGAAGAUAAAAAUGUAGCUGCUGUUACUUGCUUGUUUAUUCCCUUGGUUUAGUUUGCGAAGAAACUGUGGCCUUAGAAUUUUCUUUUUGAUGCAAAAAUUUUGAAAUUGAAAACGUGCAUCUUCUGGCACACAAAAUCCUACCACAGGCGAGACUUUCCUUUUCCUUUCUUUGUUUUGCACAUUAAAAACUCAAUAGGCAGGGGUUAUGUUUUUAAUAAGUUAACUAUAAAAGGUUUUUUAUUUUUAUUUAAAAUUGUAACAGUUUAACCCACAGGAAAAAAAAAAAAAAAAAGAUUGUAUUUUAUACUCUUGUUUGGACCCCAUGGGUUCCUUUUGUUAAUAAAAAUGAUUACAUGGAUGCUGUGAGUUGUUUUGUUUGCUCUGGA